AUGACUGUUGCUGAUCAAACACCAAUGGAAACAGUAAUUGAUAUGUUUAGAAAAUUGGGAUUACGUGGAACUCUUGUAACAAAUAAUGGAAGGUUAUUGGGUAUAAUAACAAAAAAAGAUAUUUUGACGUUUAUGAAAGAAGGGGAACAUAAUUAA